GUGAAACUGCACACGUCGCGUGAUCCGGCUGUGGCUCCGGACAAAGAGGGAGACGCCCGAGAGGCAGGUGUGCAGGGCGGAGGAGCCUCGCCCGCGCCCAUAGACCAGGAAAGCCUCCGCCUCCGCCUCCACCUCCGCCUCCGCGGCCCCGCCCUGGAGCCGCCAGUUUUCCUCCCAGUCCCGGCUCCGCGCAGCGCGCAGACCAGCGGCUGCGGGACAUCGAGCAGGCGCGGGCCGGACGGCAGGGAGAACCAGGGAGGACCCAGGACCCUGAGGCCUCGCGUCCUGCUGGCCACGCAGACUCAGCACCUCCUGCCUGCCCCACGAUGCUCCUCUGGGCCCUGCUGCUCACACUCACCUCCCAGGGCGCUGGGGCAGGAGAUCCUCCAGAGCUGCCCUCCAUGCCCCCCUGGGGUAGGUGUCCUUUUCCGGAGCUGCAGUCCCGGGGGCGGGCUGUGGGUGAACGUGCUGAGGCCCAGCAGUGGCCACCUGUGAACGUCACCACCCCAGGCUGGGACCACCCCGUCUGCACGGAGGGCGUGUCGGUGACUAGGGGGGCGCCCGCAGAGAUGACCUGCAACAGCUCCAACCCCAUCCGCAAAGUCAGCAUCUGCCUGCAGGCCCCUGGCGGGGAGGACUGCCACCCCAUCUUCACCCAGGCCACCCCGGGGUGCUCUUCCCGGGGUGGGUGGAAGCUCUGUGUGCAGGGAUGCUCAGCGAAGAUGGUGACAGAGGGAGCCCAGGACAGCCAGGCUGGGCAGUACAUGUGGACCCUCAGGGGGCGCCAGACAGAGCUAAAAUCCACCACCCUGAACGUUUCAGAGCCUUCAGAGCUGCCCUCCAUGCCCCCCUGGGGUGAGGAGGCGGUGCCCAUGCAGAGGGUGAGCAGGCCUGCCUGGCCCUGGAAUCCAGCCCCUGAAGCCACCCCCCCCCCCCGAGACUGCCGACCCCCCAGCAGCGGAGCCUCCUUGCGCCCCUGCCCCCGUCUGGUGGGCGGAUGCCUGAGGUGCCCAGGGAGGCAGGACCCGUCCGUGGACUGGCAGGAGACCUGGCCGUGCGCAGGGGCCUUCAGCGAGGGAGCUCCGUGCCCCACCCAGGACGGUCCCCCUGGAGAGCAGGCCUGCUGGCCACUCACAGCAGAGCCAGGGGCCAGCCCUGCUCCUCCCGCCCCCUCUGCUCCUCCCCCACCAUCGAAAAUGUAAACACCUCGAGCUCCAAAGCCCUUGCCCUAAGGGGACCAGCCCCUCCUGCACCCCCUUCCUGGGCGGGGGGAGGGGCUCCUGGGGACCAGCUGUGCCUCCAACACGCUCCAGGCUGGUCUGCAGUUGAUCUUGUGCACAGUCUUUGCUCGACUCUGAGCAGGAGUGAGUGUUGGGGACCCUCCUGCCGCAGCCACUGGGCCAAGACGGUGGUUAGAGGCCCGAGACGCUGUGUGCCGCCUCCACCACGAGGGGGCGCACGUCCCUCUGGAAAGAGGCGGGCAGGCCGCGGCGGCGUUAGCGGUGGGCAGGGCCUGUGCCCACGGUGCCCACGGUGCCCACCCAGCCCCACGGCUCCCCCUCUGCCCUGUCCGCUGGCCCUUCCCCACCCCGAAACCGCUCAGGCCACACCCUUCACCAUCGCACCGAACGGAGUCCAUCUUCACCAAGGGCAUCAGAGCUUUCCUACAAGUAGUGUAUUUGGUGCUUUGAAAAACACCCCUGAGGCCAACUUUUUAAAAAGUAUAUCUUUAUUGAUGUCAGAGAGGAAGGGAGAGAGAGACACAUCAAUGAGGAGAGAGACUCAUGGACCGGCUGCCUCCCGCACGCCCCCCACUGGGGUUGGAGCCUGCAGCCCGGGCCUGUGCCCUGACCGGGAAUCCAGCCCUGACCUCUGGGUCAUCGGUCACCACUCCACCCCUGAGCCACACCAGCUGGGCCCCAACGCUAACUCUUAAAGUGAGUAAAACAACAUGAUCAGCGAACCGCCCAGCAAUCAGGGAAAUACACAUUUUAAUGGAAAAAUACGUAGAAACUAAAAGAAGCCGCUUCGUGCUGAGUCUAACCCGCUCAGGCAUCAGGGAGCCGGGCUCUGGCCGUCCGGCGGCCCCUCCCCACGGCGACCCCAGAACCCCUGGGGGUUAAAGUGGGUUCGGCCACUGCAGGGCCUGGCUUGUGCCACCGCAGGGGCAUGGCUGGCCGCAGGCACGGGCAGGGCACCCAGGCCCCUGCCCCGGGGCCACAGGAAGUUAGGGGUUUCCAUCGGCCCGAAGCCGACCGGAGAAGGCUGCAUUGCAGGGGAAAUCAAAGGUCGCCUUGAGCCCUGGCGGCUUCCUCCGUGGUUAGAGCACCGGCUGCUGACCGAGGGUCUCGGGUUUGGUUCCCGGUCCAGGGCACGGGCACGUGUCGGGGUUACAGGUUCGGUCCAGCCCUGCUCAGGGCACAUGCGGGAGGCAACCAAUCGAUGUGUCUCUCACAUCCAUGUUCCUCUCCCCCGCCACCACCACCACUCUCUCACUAAAAAUCAACGGAAAAGGUAUCCUUGGGUGAGGAUUAACAACAACAAAAAGCAAAGCAAAACAAAAAAGUCAUUUUAAUCUUGAGGUGAUGGUGAGGGCCCCGCACACCCGGCAGGACUCCUGGGAAGAACGGAGUCUGGGUCUGUGCGUGGGCCUGUCUCCCGCUGUCUGUGUUCAAGGCCUUCGCUAAGGACAGCGAAUCUGCCCCCUCCAGCCCCCACUGCGGCGACGGCGGUGAGAGCCAGGUCUCUCGGUACGAGGCAGGUCCUAGUAGAGGAUGACCCAGAGGACCAGGCAGCAGGAGCCUGACCCCACCCCAGCCAGAGGCCCUCCUCCUGGCCCUGGGCCCCCACCCUGCUGUCUCCAUUGCCCUGGUGUGCCCUGAGGAGAUGCGGCCGGGGAGGGGCCAGGACAACCCGCAGCCUGAGGGCACUCGGCAGGACAGUGGGGAGCAGGGGGCCACCCCCCAGCCUGGGCCUCAGGGUCCUGUCCACCCAGGGCACUGCCUCCAGGAAGCCCUCCGAGGCCCCAGC